AAAUGUAUAGAAAAAUGCUGGGCUGUGCAAGAAGAAUCUGUGUUUUGACUUUCCUGGCUUUAUGUGUGGGACUGAGUACUGCUGUGGAGAGGCAUAAGUUCAAGACUUGCCAACAGUCUGCAUUCUGCAGGCGAAACCGUGAGCUGUCACCUGGAGAGUCUGCCUAUCAUACUUUGCUGGAGACUCUGAGGGUUGAUGAUCCAGGUUUCCUCGUGGAACUGCUGAACACAAAAACAGGAAGAGUUUUCCAGCUUGAAGUAAAUGCCUUAAAGGAUAAUUCUCUCCGCAUGAAAAUCACUGAGAAGGCUCCUCUUCAACCCCGAUUUGAAGUUGAUCUCUUCCCAGUUCUCAAUGGAACUCCUGCACAGAGCAGCCUGCAACUACUGCAGAAGAAUGCAGAUGUUGUGAAGUUUACCCUGAAGGAGUAUCCAGAAAGUGAGGUUCAUUUAUAUGUGAAGCCUUUCAAGAUUGAGUUGCUGGCAGGUGGUGAGCCUGUCAUCAUAGCAAAUGCUAGAGGUCUCUUCAAUUUUGAGCACACAAGGGAACAUCCCAAGUCAUCCUCUGAAUCUGGCACGAAAAGCCAAGGUUGGGUGCAUUCUGUAUGGGAGAAGAUGGGGAAUUGGGUUGGGACUGGGAGAAAGUCAGGGAGUGAAGAUGAAGUACAGAACCCAUCUGAGACAGAAGGAGAUGGAGAAAAGAAAGAAAAUGAACAUGAAGAAGUCCUAGAUGGAGAAAGUGACAAGAAAAUUGAAGUGGAAGGUGAAGGAGAGAAAAUGAAAGGGGAAGAAGAAGAAGAAGAAAGAGAAGGCAUGUGGGAAGAAAGUUUUGGGGGUCAUAAGGAUUCCAAGCCAAAUGGCCCCACUGCAGUUGCCAUGGACUUCCUUUUCCCCAAAGCUCAAGAGGUCUAUGGAUUACCUGAACAUGGAGAUCAUUUACCCUUGAGGAAUACCAGGAAAGAGGAUCCAUACCGUCUCUACAACUUGGAUGUCUUUGAAUAUGAAGUUUGGAAUCAGAUGGCUUUGUAUGGCUCAAUUCCCUUCAUGCUUGCUCAUGGAGAUGCAAGAACUGUGGGUAUUCUGUGGCUGAAUGCAGCAGAGACUUGGAUCGAUGUAGAAAAGCAAUCAGGAUCAAUCCUCAAUUUUGUUUCUGGUGGAUCAACUGAUGGUGUGAAUACACAUUGGAUCUCUGAGAGUGGAAUCAUUGAUGUCUUCUUUUACCUUGGACCCAGGCCUAAAGACAUCAUGCGUCAAAAUGCUCUCGUCACUGGAUCAACUCCUCUGCCUCAGUACUUUGCUGUGGGAUUUCAUCAUUCUCGGUGGAACUACAAGGAUGAAGAGGAUGUCAGAACAGUGGAUGCCAACUUUGACAUCCAUCACAUCCCCUAUGAUGUAUUGUGGCUUGACAUCGAACACACUGACAGCAAAAAGUACUUCACAUGGGACUCACACAAGUUUCCAAAUUCUAUAGAAAUGAUAAAUUCUCUGGCAUCCAGAGGUCGGAAAAUGGUUACCAUCGUAGAUCCACACAUAAAGAAAGAUGGUGGAUACUUCCUGCACCAAGAAGCAUCAAGUCGUGGUUAUUAUGUCAAGAACUCCAAGGGAGAUGACUAUGAUGGUUGGUGCUGGCCUGGAUCAUCAGCAUACUUGGACUUCCUGAGUGAAGAAGUUCAGGAUUACUGGGCAUCCCUUUACUCUCUUGACAAAUACCAGGGAUCAACUCUUGAUCUCUAUACCUGGAAUGAUAUGAAUGAACCAUCUGUGUUCAAUGGACCUGAAGUCACUAUGCCAAAAGAUUUGAAGCAUGUUGGUGGCUGGGAGCAUCGUGAUGUUCACAAUCUCUAUGGGUUCCUCAAUCACAUGAGUACACACAAAGGGCACUUGCUUCGCUCCAAUGGGCAGCUGCGUCCCUUCAUCCUCACUCGGGCAGCCUUUGUUGGCUCCCAACGAUAUGCAGCCAUUUGGACUGGUGACAACAUGGCUAAAUGGGAACAUCUCAAGGCAACAAUCCCGAUGUGCAUAUCACUGUCUCUGGCUGGGAUGUCAUUUUGUGGUGCAGAUGUGGGAGGCUUUUUCCAGGAUCCUUCAGAGGAGCUACUCAUUCGAUGGUAUCAGGCAGCAGUGUUCCAACCAUUCCUGAGAGUUCAUUCACACAUAGAUACAAAGCGACGUGAGCCAUGGCUUUUCUCUGAGAAUGCCCUGAGAAUCUUCCGAGAUACCAUUAGAAAACGAUAUUCCUACCUCCCGCUCUGGUAUACUCUUUUUUACGAGAAUGAGAUCAAAGGGAUGCCUCCAAUGCGACCACUUUGGAUGGAAUAUCCUACAGAUAGAAACACAUUCACAAUGGAGGAUCAGCAUCUACUGGGUGAUGCCUUGCUGGUUCAUCCAGUGACUGAUGAAGGAGCCAAAAGUGUUACUGUAUAUUUCCCUGGUCAAGGCCAGUUAUGGUAUGACACUGACACCUUUGAACUCUUCAGUGGAGCCCAGUCCAUUGAUGUGCCUGUGAAUCUUGAUAAGGUGCCUGUAUACCAGAGGGGAGGGACAGUGAUAUCUAAGAAGGAACGCAUGCGGAGAUCCUCUGCCCUGACCCAUCAUGACCCAUACACACUAGUUGUUGCACUUGAUGCAAUGGGUGGUGCUCAGGGGACACUGUAUAUUGAUGAUGGGGUAUCCUUUGAGUACAGAAAGAACCAUCACCUUUACAUUGAGUUCGUUUUUGAGAAUGAUCAUCUCAUCAGCAGGAAAAUCCAUGAGGAAGCAUAUUACAACACCAAGUCCUGGUUGGAGAAGGUCCUUGUGGUGGGUUACAAGAGAAGACCAACUGAAAUCUUCAUCUCAUCUCAUGAUCAUGGAAUUCAGCCACUUCACUUCAAGUAUGAUGAAGAACAAAAGUUGUUGACAAUCAGGAAACCAGAUGUCAACAUGGCCACAGACUUCAGAAUAGAAAUUAAAUGAAGGAAACCAUGUAGGGAGUAUCAAUGCUGUGGCAUGUGCCAUUGUGAUCCAUUCAUGUGAUACCUCUACUGGAGUGAUCUUGGUGUCUCUUCAUCCUUUCUCAUCUAUACAAUCAGGGCGUUUUUUUUUAAAUCUGCACAUGGCUCAUAUGGAAAGUCAUUCCACAUGUUUGUCGGAUUUGUGUUUACCCUCGAUUGGAUUUUUUGUUUUUGUGUCCAUUGCACUGCAAGCAUACCUUUGGUGAUGUGAGAAUAUAACCUCCUCCUCUUUCUGUGGAGAUGUUGGCUAGCAACAGUAUGGACACAUCUGUGACAAAAUCACAUGAAUUGUGUGUCCCUUAUUGAGUAGAAUAAAUUUUUUAAACAGUUGAAAUCCUGAAAAUAGGGAUUGGGGAUAGGGAAUUGAAACUCCAAUACAACCUACAAGCAAUGAAAUAGCAUUCCAGUAUUUGCCCUUUUUUUCUCCAAUAAAUUGGGAAAUUAUCUGGCAAUGUUUGGAUGUUAUGAGAAACAUGUGACAGCUUUGCUAGUGCAAUUAAUUUGUUUUCUUUUCAGAUUCUGUGAGAGAAAUACAGUCAAGUAUAUUAAUUAGAUUAGUCACACGUUGAAUCCUAUUCUUGUCUUUCCUUGCAAGUCACUUUCCUAAAGGUUUCUAUUUCUCGUGCUUUUUAUCAUAUGGCCAUUUUGCUUAUUCACAGGUUCAGGUUGAUGAAUGGAGUGUAAAGUAGAAGCAGAUAUCUGAUCUUGUUCUCCAACAAUGUAAAAAAUCCAAGUUCCUAUAAUUCACUACAGUACAGUGAAUGGAAAUCAUGUACAGCAUUUGGUAUAAGAAUGUGACAAGGUGAUAUUUGAAUUCCAUUUUUAUAUUUUUCACCGGUAACACGAGGAUUCAUUGCCUGAUCUUGUGGAUCUGUAGUCUACACAAAAUGUACUCUCAUCACAUGCAAUGCGGUGGAGGUUCUGUUGUGAUGUUCAUUGUGUAUCUGUCUUGGGUAGUAAUGAAACAAUUUUUGAGCACAUGAA